AUUAUUUCUACAGCUACAUAGUCUGCAGAACGAAGCGAAUCCUCCGCAACAGGCACAAAAUGGGAAGCCAGCAGGACUCUGAUUGCUUGUUCUCCUUCCUCUCUGCAAAAGACAGGGAUUUUCUCAUCCGCGGCAAUGGCGACCAGGUCAAAAUCGGUACUUUGAGUGGGAAGACUUUGGGACUGUACUUCUCUGCCUCUGCCUGCGGACCCUCUCAGAGGUUCCUCCCGCUCUUGUUGGAAACCCAUCAAGAGCUCUCCUCCAAUGGCGGAUUCGAAGUGGUUUUGAUUUCCUCCGACGAAGAUGAGGAACCGUUCAAUGAACUUUUCUCCAAGAUGCCAUGGCUUGCCGUUCCGUUUUCCGAUUUAGAUGCUCGUGCCAGCCUCAAGGAGCUGUUCAAAGUCAAGGCUACUCCUCACCUCGUCAUUCUUGACACACAAGGAAACGUUUCUUGUAGCCGAGGAGUCAAGAUUGUGCAGAAGUAUGGAGCUGCAGGCUAUCCCUUUACCGAGGAGAAGCUCAAUCUCCUGAUUGAGGACCAAGAGAAUGCUAAGAAGAAUCAGACUCUGAGCUCUUUGUUGGUCUCUCCCACUCGUGAUUAUCUCAUAUCUAAUGAUGGAACCAAGGUAUGGAUUCCAGUUGUGUUCCUGUUCUCUGGUUGUCUUCUGCAUCUUUUCGAUUUCGUUGUUAGUAGAUGAUAUAUGGUCUAUGAUUGAAUAUCACCCAACAACUCGAAUUAUUGGGAUCAACUGGUUCUUUGACAUUCAUAACUCGUUACAGCUCUUUACGGUUUAUGGGACUUUUGGCAGACUGCUGUGAUUGAUCUUGAAGGGAAAAUGGCCUGCCUGUACAUAUCAAUUCACGCCGUCUCAUCAUGUGCUGAAUUCACUCCCAAACUAGUGGACUUCUACGAGAAAGUGAAGGGGAAGGGAGAGGAAUUGGAGGUUGUGCUUGCAUCGUUCGACUCCAGCGAGGAUGCCUUUCAAAAGUCUUUCGAGGCAAUGCCAUGGCUGGCUGUGCCAUUCAAGGACAAAACCUGCAGCAAGCUACUGGACUACUUUCAGUUCAGAACAAUUCCCUCGGUGAUUCUGAUCGGACCGGAUGGGAAAACAAUGAACCCGAAUGUUGCUGAGCUCGUCGAAGACUUUGGUAUCGAAGCCUACCCGUUUAGCCCAGAGAAGCUUGCUGCAUUUGAUGAGAUCAAGAAGGCAAGCUUCGAAUCGCAGACGCUGGAGUCGAUUUUGGUUCAUGGUGAUACCGAUUUUGUUAUUGAUUCGAGUGGUUCGAAGGUUCCAGUUUCUGAACUAGUUGGGAAGAACAUUCUUCUAUACUUCUCAGCUCACUGGUGUCCUCCUUGCCGCAAAUUUACCCCGAAGCUUGUUGCAGCAUACCCUGAAUUCAAGGCAAUAGACAACAACUUUGAAGUGGUGUUCAUCUCCAGCGACCGCGAUCAAACCUCGUUCGACGAGUACUUCUCAACAAUGCCUUGGCUAGCUGUUCCAUUCGACCCCGAGAUCAAGACCAUUAUGACUAAGAAGUUCAAGAUAUCAGGCAUUCCUGCUGUCGUGGCGAUUGGGCCGAGUGGCAGGACAUCGACAAUGGAAGCCAGAGAUGCCUUUGCACUUCAUGGAGUGGAUGCCUAUCCUUUCACUAAAGAACAUCUGGAGCAGCUCGAGCACAAAUUGGAUGAGAAAGCGAAUUGGUGGCCGGAGAAAGUGAGGCUCGAACAACUUCAUGAGCAUGAGCUUGUGCGGAAGAAAGGGAAACUGUACAUGUGCAAUGGUUGUGAGGAGAUGGGAGGUGCUUGGUCAUACAGCUGCAAACCUUGUGAUUUUGAUGUCCAUCCCAAAUGUGCUCUUAAUGAAGAAGGGAUCAGUGAAGAUGGAAAAGAAGAAGGGGGAGAGGGGAAGGAAGGAUGGGUUUGUGAAGGAGAUGUUUGUAGAAAAGCUUAAGAGAGAAAGAGGAGCUAUGUAGGCUUCAAGUUCCUUGCUGCUUUUGUUUGUGUUCGGUAAGUAAAGUGUUAUGGAGUUUGUUGAACUGUGCUCAAUAAAUAAAUACGUUUUGCUGUCAAUAAAUUAAAAAGGAGAUUCAAGAAGACAACUGAUAUGAUUC